GGGUGUUGUUUAAAAUACGUCUAGUAUAGAACACACAAUACAUUUAUUUUGUGGCGAUUUUAGGUUUUUUUCAACAGAAAAUAUACCUAUAUUAUACAUAAUCUUAAUCAAAUUUUCAUCUUUAAAGUUAAAUCAUAAUCGUUCAAGAAGACUUUGUUCAUUGUUUGAUUGCUGACUUGAACUAAAAUUUUCUCUAAAAAGGUAUCAAUUUCGAGUCUCGAUUCACAGCUGUCUGACAAUUUUUCGGUAAAAAAUGUUCCUGCCCACGGCGCGCAAUAAACGGAAGUCUUUCAGGUAACUACCGAUACCAAACUCGUAACAGUUGCGAGAAGUUUAAGCCAAUUUGUUGCUUGAACUGAAAUUAAAAUGAGUAAAUAUACGUCAAAGUAUUUGGAAAACAAACUAGCGGAUAAAUUGGGAGCGUUAUACGUAAAUGCGAUCGACGAAUCAGACGGCUGUGGUGGUAAAUUCAGUGUGACUAUUGUUUCGGAGGCAUUCCGUGGUAAGACAUUGCUGCAGAAACAUCGUUUAGUGAAUAGUGCUCUAGCAGAGGAACUAAAGGAAAUUCACGCAUUCUCUCAAAAAUCAUACACACCCGAAGAGUGGGAAAAAGUGCAACAGAGUUUGAAGCGCUAAUGAAAAUGUAUUAUUUUUAUCAGAGCUCUAUAUGUUUUUUAUCUAAAUGAUCUUAUAAUAACUACUCAGCGAGAAACAGUAGUAAAAAGCAAGUAAUUUUAUUAAGCUCAAACUUUGUUGGAAAAACAAAACCAGCGAAUAUUGAUUAAAGCUAAAAAACCGGAAAUCAUCUACAUAAGUAUAUACUGCGCAGAAAGUGAAAGUAUAUUAAACAACUACAUACAUAAAUCUAUAUAUACCAGUUAAACGUAGGUAAGACAGCGCAUGCGCACAUAAUUCAAGAGUUGUGUAAUUUCAACUAAAACGUUUAAAAAUAUAAAUAAAAUCUCUAGAAGAAAGCAACUGUAAUUCGUUGAAAACCGAAACGCAAUGAUAACCGAUCUACGAACUAAAAGUCAAGUGACCUUAUUUGCGUAAAAUACGACUACAAAGUAUUACUCAACACAAUUCUAAUUUGUUUGAGACGUGGCGAGUUCAGCUCCUUAUGUAUUCGUGUGCGUAAACAAGAUAGCUGUUCGUUUUCGAUUUCUAUUUAAAUUUUUCUGUGCUGACGGAGCAAGUAAACAGCGUACAUAAAUUAAAAAUCGAUCUAAACAAUAGCCGGCGAACCAUGAACAAGUUUCAAAUUAUUGCGCCGGGUAAAGUAAUUCUCCACGGUGAGCAUGCAGUCGUUUAUAAAAAACCUGCUCUAGCUGCCGCUGUCGGACUUUCAACGAAAUUACUAUUCUACCCACAACCAGAAAGUGAUGUCGCUAUUUUUAAUUUGGAAUCGUUGAAUUGCACCUUUGAGAUUCAAUUGUCACAAUUUAAUGAUUUCAUUAAAGGUUUUCGUGAGAAAUACCCGGAGAGUAAGCUUGAUUGUUCCGCAAAACUACUUGAGGAUGUACGCGCUGUUAUUGCAAAACAAUUCGAUGGCAGCACCAACAAUUCCCCAAAACAGCAGCAAUCACGGAAAACAUUUUUAUCCAUAUACUAUUUACUCGCUGGAGCAGUUCUGGCAGCGCCGAGUGAACUUACUUUAAAACCUGGAUUUAAAAUUCAGAUUGAUACCGAAUUAAAUAUAGGCUCUGGUUUGGGCAGUUCUGCAUCAUUCGGUGCCACAUUAGCAGCGGCAUUUCUACUUAUCACCGGUCAUUUCGAUGAAAAAUCAUACCUUAAAUUGGAAAAUCGAGCACUUAUCUCUCAGUGGGCUUUUGAAUCGGAACGCAUUAUGCAUGGGACGCCAUCCGGCGUUGAUAAUACCGUAGUGACCUACGGCGGCAUGUUAAGGUUCGUUAAAGGCCAAGCAUUUCAGUCACUUAACAUUCAGCGACCACUCAAUAUAAUGUUGGUAGAUAGUCGUGUUAAUCGCAGUACCGCAGAUAUAGUUGCUAAGGUACGGCACCUGUGGGAAACAUUUCCAAAAGUAAUUGAUUCCAUUUGGGACGCUUGCGAAGAGAUAGUAGCAGAUGCCAUACCACUGUAUGAAAGCUUUGGUAAUGCUAAGGAUGAUAGUGUAAAGUUUGAAAAACUGGAGCGUUUGUUCCAAAUUAACAAUGAUCUGCUUAAAGCUAUCGGUGUGACACAUCCAAAAUUGGAGCAAAUAUUCGCCAUCGCUUUUAAACGUGGUUUCUUUAGUAAGAUAACAGGUGCGGGAGCGGGUGGUUUCGCUGUUGUGCUAUUGCCUGAAAAUUAUGAGAGUAACGAAGUUUAUUGGAAGUUGAAAGAGGAAUUAGAGUCGGCGGGUUUUGGAGUGCAAUCUACUACAGCUGGAGGCGAAGGAUUACGUAUUAAGGAUUUGGAGGACUAGUUUUUUAAAAAUUUUACCACUAAUAACUUAAAUUUUUGUUAAUUGCCGGUUUUGACAUAAUCGUAUAAAUGAUUUUCUUGUAAAAAAUUGGAAACGUAAAAUGAUGUUAACAAUGUAAUAACGUAGAAUAGGAUCAAAUAAACUUAUUUCUCUGAUUUUAGAAUUAUUAAGUUUAA